CAUCAGACCACGUACACUAUUUCUAGAAACGUGAAGGUCGUUUCUUUCAUUUUGUCAUAGCUGUCAAAAAGGUCAGACAUACACAGAAACAGCGAAAGAGUGUACGUAUCGAAAAUGGCCCAGGGUCAGGGAAAUACAGCUUUUGUGAAAGGCCACAGGCGAACUCCAAGUGAAGACGAAUUCAAGGACCUGAUUAGAAGAGAUGCCCAAGGGGCACUGAACAAGGAAUUGCAGAAAUUAAUACAGACGGCUCAGGCAGGAUUGCAAGGCCAAGUGAGGAAAGAGUUCGACAACUUUGAAAUUUUAUUUUCAAGAUUUUUGUCCGAAACUGGCCCAUCUGUGGUGUGGGAUAAAAUCAAGUUGCUCCAGGAUGACUUAAUAAAACGGUAUGGUGCUUUGCCAACGCCAGAACCUGCCAAAACAAAGGAAUUAUUAGAUCAGCUUGUUGUCAUUAAACUAAAUGGUGGUUUGGGAACUGGCAUGGGAUGUACUGGACCUAAAAGCGCCAUCAGUGUUCGAAAUGAAUUGACAUUUCUUGAUAUGACAGUACAGCAAAUCGAGCAUUUGAACAAACACUAUGAUACAGAUGUUCCCUUGGUGUUGAUGAAUUCGUUCAACACUGAUGAUGACACUCAAAAAAUCCUGAGAAAAUAUGGUCAAGUCAAAGUGAAUAUAUUUACAUUCAACCAAAGCAGAUAUCCUCGACUGAACAAAGAAACCUUGGUUCCCAUUUCUUCCAAUUUUGGUCCUGAAAGUGAAAAUGGGUGGUACCCUCCUGGUCACGGAGAUGUGUAUAACAGUUUCUACAAUUCCGGAUUAUUAGAACUCUUUAUCAAAGCUGGUAAAAAGUAUGUGUUCAUUUCCAACAUCGAUAAUCUUGGAGCAACUGUGGACUUAAACAUCUUGAAUUUUCUUUUGACACCAUCAGAAAAUUCUGUAUCUCCUGAAUUUGUCAUGGAAGUCACAGACAAAACCAGGGCUGACGUAAAAGGAGGUACUUUAGUGGAAGUGGAUGGCAAAUUAAGAUUAUUAGAAAUUGCACAAGUUCCAAAAGAACAUGUGGAUGAAUUUAAAAGUGUCAGUAAAUUUAAGAUUUUCAACACAAACAAUCUAUGGAUGAGUCUUGAAGCUAUCAAAAGAAACGUGGAGGCCAAGACCUUACACAUGGAAAUUAUAGUAAAUCCGAAAACAUUAGACAAUGGAACCAAUGUGAUACAACUAGAAACAGCUGUAGGCUCAGCAAUAAAAAGCUUCGAAGGUGCUUUAGGAAUAGCUGUACCUAGAAGUCGCUUUCUUCCAGUCAAAACGACUUCUGAUUUACUCCUAAUGAUGAGCAAUUUAUAUUCUAUGAGAACAGGUGCCCUGGAAAUGAGUCCACGAAGAUCUUUCCCUUCUGUUCCACUUGUCAAAUUAGGCACCCACUUCAGUAAAGUGAAGGAAUUUUUAAGAAGAUUUCAAAGUAUCCCAGACCUUUUGGAAUUGGAUCAUUUGACUGUCUCUGGAGAUGUCACAUUUGGUAAAGGUGUAUCUUUAAAAGGAACAGUUAUUAUUAUAGCUAAUCAUGGAGAGAGGAUUGAUAUUGCACCUGGUGCCAUCUUAGAAAAUAAAAUAGUUUCUGGCAAUCUGAGAAUCUUAGAUCAUUAACUGGAAUAUAUCUUAACUGUGAACUGCUUUACAUAUUUUAAAUGCUGUAUUAUAGAACUGUAAAUAGCAAGUAAAUAAAUGCUAUUCAUAU